AUGCACAGAGGUGGUGGGAUCGGUGGUGGCGGUGGUCCAGGGACCACCGCCGGACGUGGCCUUGAGCUUGAGCCUCCAUCGACUAUUCCAACGGCUCCCGCGAGUUUUCAUUGGGGUGCUAUGAUCGCAGGACACCACGCGGUGGCAGCUGCUAGCAUGAUGCAACCGUCUUUGACUGGUACAGCUGACUAUAGUCUUGCUACAACCCAUAGUGCAGCUCAUGCUACUAUUCCUAUGGAUUUACAUAUGUCUCAGGGAUUUCCGUGUUAC